AAUUCCCUUUCCAAUCUGCUGCUUACUCCAGUCCGCAUAGUACAGGCGCGGGCGCGCACUGCUGCUGCGUGCUUCUCGCUAGCCUCCUGCCCUCCUCGAGGCGAGGUCGCUAAGAACCAACCCAAUCGCCUCUCUCUCUGCUCUAUAUCUGUCUGCUUGCUUCACCAAGUGUCGUGCCGUUGGAAGCUUGCUUUGUGUGAGACAGGGCCAGAGGAGAGAGAGAGAGAGGGAGAGAGAGAGAGAGAGAGCCAAGAAACAGAGCAGCAGCAGGAAGAGCUGGUCCAAGAAGAAGAAGCAGCAGUAGCAGGUAGCAGCCAAGAAGAUGUUGCGCGGUGGCACGAGCGUGCUGGGGAUCGUGAACUUCAUAACGUUCCUGAUCUCGAUCCCGAUCCUGGGCGGCGGAAUCUGGCUGGCGUCCCGGGCCAACUCCACCGACUGCAUCCGCUUCCUGCAGUGGCCCAUCAUCAUCGUCGGCCUCGUGCUCAUGGUCAUCUCCCUCAUGGGCUUUGCCGGCGCCUGCUACCGUCAGACCUGGCUCCUCCGCCUCUACCUCUUCGCCAUGUUCUUCGUCGUCCUCGCGCUCCUCUUCUUCAUCGUCUUCGCCUUUGCCGUCACCGACCGCGGCGACGGCCAGGUCGUCAUGAACCGUCGCUUCCUCGAGUACCAGCUCACCGACUACAGCGGCUGGCUCAGGGACCGCGUUGCCGACCCGCAGUACUGGGCCACCAUCAGUGCCUGCCUCCGCGAGGGCCACGCCUGCGCCGGCAUGAGGCGCUUCGCCCGCAACCCCAACACCGGCAUGCUCGUCCCCGAGACGCCAGACAUGUUCUACUCCCGCAACCUCUCCCCCAUUCAGUCUGGAUGCUGCAAACCGCCAUCAUCAUGUGCAUUCACAUAUGAGAAUGAGACACUGUGGACACCGAACCCCGGUGUUCCGACCGUGGUAACCGACCUUGACUGUAGCAAGUGGAGCAACGACCAGCAGACGCUCUGCUUCCAGUGUGACUCGUGCAAGGCAGGCGUCCUCGCCGGCAUCAAGAAGAGCUGGCGCAAGGUUGCCAUCCUGAACAUUGUUGUGCUGAUCAUCCUCGUGAUCGUGUACGUCGCCGGCUGUGCUGCGUUCCGCAAUGCCAAGAGGAUCGAGAAUGAUGAGCCGAUCGGCAUGGCACGGAUGACCAAGUCUCAGCCGAGCAGGUUCCAGUUCUAGGCUGCGGAAUCUGAAGCCUUGGCCUGUACAAAAGACCACAGUGGGUGGUGGUAAGGCUUGGCGUUUGCUAUAUUUGACUGAAAUGCGGAAUCGGCUUCAUUUGGGUUGUGAAAAGGGAAGAAGUUCCUUGUAUCAAAAGUUCAGAAUGCUUUGAUUUUGUGCUUGCUUUAGUCUUUAGGGUAGGUCUAUUAUGUAUUGAGUACAAGAUGAGGUCUGCAAGAAACAAGAGAGUUUCCCUCAUUUAGGAUUGUAUUAUUUGUAUGGGAGAUUUUCAUUUGACAUCUUCCUUAGAAGAAUAUAUUAUCUUCUACAUUCUGGAAGAUAUUGCUAUGAUGGUUUUUAUUAGAGAUAUAUAUUGUGAUAUAUUGUGUCUAUGUA